UGAAACAAUGUACGUAAUGUUUAUGUUGAUGGUCGUCACCAUUACGCUCCUUCCCGCAUCUCCACCAUCAUCACCAACAAGGUAAAAAAUGGUGAGGCUAACGUACCGUAGGAGGUUGUCCUACAACACUCCCAGUAACAGGAGAAAAAUUGUGAAGACUCCUGGAGGUCGUCUUGUGUAUCAGUAUAAGAAAAAGCCUGGUAAGCCUCCUGCUUGUGGAAACUGUAAGAUUAAGUUACCUGGUAUUGUGGUUGCCAGACCUAAUAAGCUUCAUCGUUUAUCAAAGCGCGUGAAGAGGGUAACUCGUGCAUAUGGAGGAAACCUGUGCCACAAGUGUGUCCGUGAGAGGGUUGUGCGAGCAUUCUUGAUUGAGGAACAGAAGAUUGUGGUAAAGGUCUUAAAAGCUCAGAAAGCUGCAGCCAAGGCUAAAUAAACAUUUGUGACGUAAAAAAAAUAAAAUCUCAUGAAAUAAAAACAA